UUAUAAGAUUUAUACAAUUGCCGAUUCGCUUGUGCUGGGUUAAUUUAAAGUACAGAUAAGAUAGAGUUUAUUUAUUUUUGUGAGCGCAGAACGCUAUUUUUGGCGAACAAUUCAUCUGCGUAAAUCAGUCCGCAAAAACACAAUAGUUACUUGAGGAUAGGCCACGCCCCUUCCGGUGUGCAGCGGGCUUCGGCUCAGCGCGCCAAACAAAUACAAACGGAAAUGUCGAGGAGGUGCGUUUUAGGCUGCGGCUCUCCCGAAACCCUUUUCCCGUUCCCUAAAAUCCCCUGGCUGCGGGCCCGGUGGCUCGGCUUCCUGCACUUCGAGGAGGGAGGGAUAUCGGAGAGGUCGCGGUUGUGUUCAAAGCACUUCACGCGCGACUGCUUCAAGAAUUGGACUCAACACGAAAUGGGGUUUGUCAAAUACCUCUCGCUAACAGACACGGCUGUCCCGUCGGUCUACACCGUCGGUUCCUCGCAAACUUCGAGGCGCCUAACGAGAGACGUGGCGAGCCAAUGCGACCCACCAUUUCUGAAGAGCGUGUCGAUCCAAACAAGAACACAAAAGCUAAAAAAAAUACGGAGUAAAGCGAUUCAAGUGAAGCCUAUUGGAUACUCUGUUGGCAUGUCUUGUUCUGAGGGUCUUGGUACAAGUCUCGAACCUCAGUGUUUCACAUCAACACCAAUGAAAAGGCCAAAAAUUGAAGACACCGCAACCGAUGACAGCUCAACGUGCUCCUCAAAGCAAUUACCAGAUGUCACCAACGAGCCUGGUAUCACUCAAGAAGGCGUCGAAAAUGGAACAGCCAUCCAUUCAUCGGAUAUACACCAGCUGGAAAUCUGCAUUUAUCGGCGGCAGUAGCCUUCAGUGGAUCAUCCCUCAUCCAUGACAUUUUCUACAGCCAACAAUGUCAGGACAGGGCAUUGUGCUGUUGUCUUGGAUGGUGACGUGAACGGAUUCAACAGGCACGCAGGUGUAAUCUCUUUAUGGAGGAAUCGCAGCAGUGAGGAUCCUCUUGGACCAGAGCAUCUUCAGGCAGCGGGGAGGUUGAGAGAGGAGCUCUGGGACUGAAGCGGUCUUGAACAGCAGACCUAGCUGAGGCUGUGACCACAAACACUGGACGGGGAGCUCUGGAAAGGUGACCUUUGUGGUGCGUUCAGGAGCAGCAUUCACAUCGAUCUUUGGGACCACAGACAGAAACCGUUGGAUCGGACAUAACCAAGGCCUGCCAGCCCUUGACACUGAAGCUAUAGAGAUGGAGGUUUCACCUGCGUCAGUCCUCCAGACAACAGGAUCGACCCAUUUCUCCACGACCUGAAACAAAUAGAAAUUAUACAAGUUACACAAUGUGCAUUUUUAUGCCUUAUGAUGUUUGACAUCUGCGUGCAUAUUGACUAUAUAAAUUAAAUCGACAAAAAGAAAUCAUUUUAGCUCGUCUUAGAUUUACUUUGAACCAUUGGUGAGAGAGCACCUCCUCCAGAUGAAUCCUGUGUCCUUCAACUUCACACCUGCUUUUUUGCGUGAUUUUAAGCAUUAAGAUUAAAGGAAUAGUUCAUCACCCAUGAGUAGUUCCAAUUCUGUAUGAAUUUAUUUGUUCUGUUGAACACAAUGGAAGAUGUUUUGGGUCACCAUUGACUUGCAUAGUGUUUUUUUUUUUUUCCUGCUAUGAAAAUGGCCCGGUUACAAACCUUCUUCAAAACAGAUUUGGAACUACUCGAGGGUGAGUAAAUGAUGAAAACAUCCUUUUUUGGUGAACGAGUCCUUUUUAAGGUUUAUGAUCUGAGAAACCGGGCUCGACUGCAAAGUACUCACCUUCUCAAAGAACUGGGGAGGGAGGAAGGAGGUUGUCACGUCUAUGUUUGCUUUACCGGCUUUCUCGCUUGAAAAAUGCCAUUCCUUCAUACAUACCUAAAAUUACAUAUUUUAAGAUGAGGUUGUGGGUUCGCCCUCUUUCGGUCCUGUCCUGCGCUUGGCUUCUCUUCGGCAGUGAGAGGUCUUCAGGAGACGUCCUGUAGAGAAGUCUGAUCUCAAGACGGCUAUAUCAAAUGAAAAAACUUGCUUAAACCAAUAACGUGAACAUCAAAAAGUAAUUGAUGUACCGUCGAUGUCCUGCUCCACCUGAGCUUUGGUGGAUUUGUGGGGAGAGAAACAAGAAGAGCAGCAGAGGUUUGUCUCCAUCCUGCUCGUCUCUUCACAGAUAGUCAGGAGAGGACUUUUCUCAAUGGCCAAGAUUAUUUAAUUCAUUUAAAGCGGCUGUUUUCCUCAAAGCCACACGGGGGCGCCAGACAUCGCUUUCAAGAAAAUGACCAACUAAAAAAACUAAUACAAAUAUUUAAAUAUUCAGUCUGGAUUUUGGAGGGCAUUUCCUGCGGUUUCUUCGAACCUGGUUUAAGAAAUAGAAAUUAUACAAACAUACUUCAUAAGGUAUAAAAAUGCACAUUGACGUAGUAUAUUAUAUAUACUAUAUUAUAUAGUCAUCUGCGUCACAGAAAAGACAAUAAAGGCGCUGGUUUAUAA